AUGGCUUUCAUACUAUCUCGUCUUAUACGUUUUGUUUUACUUAUUUUUGUUGUUUAUCAAAUUGUUCAAUAUGUUUUACAUAAUAAAACUUAUUCUUUCCCUGCUUCAAAAUUCAAAAAAGUUGCCUUAGAAGCUUCAAAAAUGAAGAAUGGACUUUCAGCUACUAAUAAUUUUAUAUCAAAUAUGAAGGCACUUAAUCCACAGAAUUCAGUAAGAGAUGCUUAUUGGAUUCCAUUUUCAGCAGGUGGCUUGAAUCUCAAUGCUCAAUUUACAUCUACAUUGUUAACUGAGUUUAGUGUAGUAUUUCAUGCACCAUUAAAAACUUCUGGUCGUUCUGGUAUUCAUUGGUCUAACACGUCAUGUUCUGUACUUAGUGGAACAGUUUAUAGAAGUAAAGAUAUUCUUAAUGGAGGUUUUAAAGAAAUUUUCAAAAAAGGUGAAGAAUUUAGACAUGGUCAAUUUGAAGGAGCAAUUUAUGAAUUUUUAGAAGAUACUUUUAUUGCUUGUUAUGGAAGAGGAGUUAUUCCAUUAUCUGGUAUUUAUCCAACUAUUGGAGGAUUACUAAACUCUGACCCAGUUUCAGUUGGUAAACUGUUUAUUAUUUAUGUUAGAGGAAUCACUGAUAGUUAUCUAUUUUAUCUUCAAUCAAUCUUUAAUCAAAUCAAAAACAGCAUUACAAAAACAGAAUUAUAA